AGUACAUUCGUUCGGAAGCUGUCUUGAAACAAAAUCGACAACUUGGAAACUGAAACUUGGAAGGAAGGAAAUUAAGUCAGAACCAAAUAUGACAUCUAACAUAUUAAUGGAUUUUCUGAAAAUACCAGAAAAAUAUCACUGUGUGCAGCAAUUCAACCAGAGUGUCAUCUUUGCUUCACAAAGAACCAAAGAAUAUAUUGGAUUCAAGGACCCUGAGUCCAAACUGAAGAUAAAUAAUUCAAUGUUGACUGAUAUUUUCCUCAUGACCUACAUUAACCGAAGCGUUCAGUGUAAGCUGACAGAAUCAAUCAGUUGUACAAAGAUGACUGAGGAGCAGACAAUCCUUUUGGGCACAGAUUGGGUUUGGGCGGUGCAGGAUACAUCUUCCAAAAACCCCAAGGUGCAGAUUGCAGUGCAAGCCAUUCACAUGGAGAACAAAGAAGACCAGGCGAUGAAGAUGAGAUUUCAGGCGACUGAGUCCUUGAAGCUGGCAAGGCAAGAGACAAUCAACAAAACUGACCCUGAGAAAUUCAAUGAUUUCUGUUCAUCCAUCGGGAAAGACUGUUACGGGCUCUUUCUUUUCUUUGGGUGCAAGGGUGACCCAAAGUCCAUCUGUGGCAUCCUGAGUAAUGACUUCCACACACACUUGGGAAAUGGUCAAGAGGUUGACAACACUUACCUACUAGAUUGCAUUGAGAAGGCUAAGACCUUUGUCACUCCAGGAAAAAUGUUGGAGCUGAUCCUUCAGAAAGAAGGUGUCCCAGACAACUUAAAGCCAACCUAUGUCAAGUUUACGCAAUAAGCUGCACCAGCAGACCACUUUUCACAGUUUUCAAAAACUUUCCAACAAGAUGGGGCAAAUCUUUUCUUUAUCAUUUGAGGAAACAGAACUUUCUAACAUAGCACUCCACUGCUUCUCAAAAUUGCUUUGCAUCUAUGCGUGGUGUUCACAUCAAUUAAUUCCUAUAAACAACAGGAGCUUUUAUUCUUCAGUCAUCCUUAAAAGUAGAAGUCGUAGAAUCAUAGAAUUUGAGAGGGAAUAAGGAAGCUAUUCAUCGCAUUGAGUUUGUAUCAGUUCUUUUGAAGAGUAAUCAGUUCCCAAAAGCAAAAGCCAGUAUAAAUGGUGAAUGACUCGACUCAUCCUGUGUACUUCAAAAGGGAUGGCCAAUACUGGAAUAAAUGUUAAGUAUAGAACAAACAAUAUUGGUUUUACAUUGUUUUUUCCCACUUGAGUUAACACCAUUCCUGGGAGCAUUCCCAUAUCCCUGCAAGUAUUUCACCUUCAAUUUUUCAUCUAAUUUCAAGAAUAUUUCAAGAGCAUUCACCACCUACUAUUAACUAUAUUCCUAAUCUUAAUCAAUUAAUACACUUGAAGAUGUCCCUCAUGUCCCCUCUGCCAACAUUACCAAUCAGUUUAAAUCAAUGUCUCAUGUUAUCGACCCUUGAGUAAAUGGAAACAGUUUCUCUUUAUUUACUCAAUCUAAACUAUCAUAGAAUCUCUACAGUGUGGAAACAGGCCAU